CGGAGGUGGUCACUUCCGCCGGGGUGUGCGCACUGAAUCCGGGUCAGCUGCUGCCGCGGGGACUGCAGCUGCGAGCGGUCGGGAAGCCCUGGGCCCCGUCUCCACUGCCGACCGAGGGCAGCGGGCUCUGCCCGCCGCCGCUUUCUGCGACCUGGCCGUCAGCCCCACGUCGCCGGCCUGGAGGGGCAAAGAGGACGAGGGGGCCGCGGCUUCCUCCGGGGACCUCGGCUGCCUGGAUUGCCAGGAGCUGGAAGUUGACAUUGAAUCCAGGCUGAGGAUGGAAGGUGUGGAGCUGAAAGAAGAAUGGCAGGAUGAAGAUUUUCCAAUACCUUUACCAGAAGAUGACAGUAUUGAAGCAGAUAUACUAGAUGUUACUGGUCCAGACAGCCAGCCUGGCUCAUUAGAAGUUAAUGGAAAUAAAGUUCGUAAGAAACUAAUGGCCCCAGACAUCAGCCUGACCCUGGAUCCUAGUGAAGGCUCCGUGUGGUCGGAUGAUUUGGACGAAGGUGGGGAGGUUGACCUGGAAGGCUUAGACACCCCAUCAGAGAACAGUGAUGAGUUUGAGUGGGAAGAUGAUCUUCCCAAACCCAAAACUACUGAAGUCAUUAGGAAAGGUUCGAUUACUGAAUACACAGCCACAGAAGAGAAGGAAGAUGGGCGCCGCUGGCGCAUGUUCAGGAUUGGAGAACAGGACCACAGGGUGGAUAUGAAGGCGAUCGAACCCUACAAAAAAGUUAUUAGCCAUGGAGGCUAUUACGGGGAUGGUUUAAAUGCCAUUGUUGUGUUUGCUGUCUGUUUUAUGCCUGAAAGUGGUCAGCCUAAUUAUAGAUAUCUGAUGGACAAUCUCUUUAAGUAUGUUAUUGGCACUUUAGAGCUGUUGGUAGCAGAAAACUACAUGAUCAUCUACUUAAACGGUGCAACAACUCGAAGGAAAAUGCCCAGUCUGGGCUGGCUCCGGAGAUGCUACCAGCAGAUUGAUCGACGAUUACGGAAAAACCUGAAGUCUCUAAUCAUUGUUCACCCUUCAUGGUUUAUCCGAACCCUUCUGGCUGUUACAAGACCAUUUAUCAGUUCAAAAUUCAGUCAGAAAAUUAGAUACGUCUUUAAUUUGGCAGAGCUCGCGGAGCUUGUCCCCAUGGAGUACGUCGGCAUACCAGAGUGCAUCAGACAGUAUGAAGAAGAAAAGUUUAAAAAGAGACAAAAAGAGUUGAUCAAGAGCUUAAUGGAAAACAAGAACCAGCAAACAGUGAGCAGUAGGUUCAGCGUCCUGUCCAGAUGAGACAAAGAGCGCCAGGGAAGCUCGUAGUGCAUUCAUGGCUCAAGUUUUUAUGUAAUCUGUUACAAAAUUACUUGACUCCUUUCCAAGUGGACUCUUGUAUAAGGGACUGUUCACUGCUGUAAUGGUUUGCAAUUCUUGAAUUUAGCUCUUUCAUGACUAAUUAUAUUGUAAUCAUUUUAUAUUGCUGAAUAGCAGAGAACUACACUUUAUAUAAAGCAAUUUUUGCAUUUGUUUAUUUGAAUGAUGCAUCUUCAGUAAAAUAUUUAUAUACAUAAAUGACAAA